GGCUGAGGAGGCUUUGUCGUCACGCGGCUAAAGAGGGUUUUUUACUGGAGGUUUCUUCCUGUCAGAGACACAUGUAGAACAAGCUGCCCGCGGAUCCGCCGUCAUAUUUCCUCCGCUCCGUUAUCCGCGUCAUAACCUCCGGUUUUGCGCCGAUCUUUUUGGGGGAAACUUUACCGUCACGGAGACCUACCGUCUGGCGAUGGACAGCUUUGGUUUCGGCAGCCGCACUAACUCGGUUUCAGAAAAGCAGGAACCGUCCGCUGGAAAUACUAUCUGAUAACUCCAUUUGCUCCGCUGUUCGAGUCGCGAGCUCGCUGCCGCGCGGGGCUGGAGAGCGACGGCGCACUUUUCUGACAUUUUUUCUUUACUUUUGGGGACUGCUGGAGCUUAAACGUUCUCCCACGCUCUCUACGAACCCGAACUUCAGCCAUUAAACUCAAACGAAGGACCAUGGUGAAUCCUGGAGGCAGCAGCCAGCCGCCGGCGGUGGGCGCCGGUUCCCUGUCCUGGAAGCGGUGUGCGGGCUGUGGGGGCAAAAUCGCGGACCGCUUCCUCCUCUACACCAUGGACACCUACUGGCACAGCCGCUGCCUGAAGUGCUCCUGCUGCCAGGCCCAGCUGGGCGAAAUCGGCACAUCGUGCUACACGAAAAGCGGCAUGAUCCUCUGCAGAAACGAUUACAUCAGAUUAUUCGGAAACAGUGGAGCUUGCAGCGCCUGUGGUCAGUCCAUUCCAGCCAGCGAACUGGUGAUGAGGGCGCAGGGCAACGUGUACCACCUCAAGUGUUUCACAUGUUCCACCUGCCGGAACCGGCUCGUCCCGGGAGAUCGGUUCCACUACAUCAACGGCAGCCUCUUCUGCGAACACGACAGACCCACAGCACUCAUCAACGGCCAUUUGAGCUCCCUGCAGACGAACCCUUUACUGCCGGACCAGAAGGUGUGUUAGGUGUGAGCCAUGCGGGAAGCAGGAUGUGUGCCUUCAUGUUAGCCCUCAUCGUCACCUGAGACGGCUCCGCCCCGGGCCCUUUGGCCCCCCACCCCAACCCCACAGGAAUCCUCAUCCCACCUUUUCUUUCUGCUGACGCUCGGCCUUCAAACCUCGGCUUUUCCCCUCAACACGGGUGGAUAUUUGCACUUACUGAGACCGGACGCCCGGGGGGACGCUUUUGGAUUUGGCGGAGGCCGCUCAGAGUCUGGCGGGACUCUGCAGAAGAUGUUCAGACUGCAGCAGAGGAAACGGACUCGUCGCUCCAAGAGUUGCAGACCUUCAGUGACAUUUGUAGGAGAAGCUUUUAAUUUUUCCUCUUCCUUUUCUAUCCUCAUUUCCCAUGAACUCGGUGUUUUCACUUUCUAUAUUUAAAGUGUUGUUAAAGGGAAACUUUUUUUUUCUUUUAGGUGAAAUAUAUAAGACGGGGUUUUCAAAAGUAUCCGUGGCAUUUUGUGGAACAGGAAUCAUGAGCACUCUGUCGGUGUAUUUGUAAAACUACCAUGUAUGUGCAGUAUGCAUGUAGAUGUCGUCCAAGCGUGGCUACAGUACAUAUGACCCCUCCUCCUCCUCCUCCCUUCUGGCUCCUCCCCUUCGACCACAGCAGCCUGCUCCUAGUCCGUAACGUAGAGAUCAUUCCCAACACAUAAAUGCUGAAUGAAAGAGAAAUUUAUUUGUGAUAUUUUCCGAGACAUUUGCUCCAGUAUGGUGUAUUUAAUUAAUAAAAA